CGCAUCUCAUCAAAUACUCAUAUCUGUUUUAUGCAUGCAGAGACUAUCUCCACAGCCCAAAGAAGAAGCUUGAUCUUCCUAAAUUGUUGAGCGAACAUGGCUCGUGUUUCUUCGUCGAUGGCCAUGGCGGAGAGCAUAUCGUGGUACUGCGCGCUGCUCGUGGCGCUGAUGCUGGCGCUGAGCUGCUGCGACCCGGGCGAGCCGUCGCUGGCUGAGUUGGGGGCUGCGGUCCGGGAGAGGCAUCGGGAAAUUAACAGGCCGUGCGACGAGAUCUACGUGGUCCGGGAAGGCGAGACCCUGCAAACCAUUGGCGACAAGUGCGGGGACCCGUACAUCGUCGAACGGAACCCGCAUAUCCACGACCCGGACGACGUCUUCCCCGGUCUGGUCAUCAAGAUCACCUCCUCCCACAGGAGGUAGGGAGCUUGCUUUUAUCUCUCCAGAGGCAUUUGCUAAAUUAUGUAACGUGUUAUUGAGGAGAAAUUACAGGGAAUUCUCUUUUUUUUUUUUAAAGAUUAUAGCACUUAAGUGAGAUACGUUGAGGUAUAUGAAAAUUUCAUCGAGUCUAAUUUUCUCUACUUUUUAUUUUUAUUUUUUUAAACACUAAGUUUGCACUGAAAUGUUUAAGUUCAGUGUGAACCGGGACAGACCGAGAGGGGCUGGUGGAGGAUCACCCUUGGGUCACUCAGUAUUCGGUGUAAACUUUGGCAAGUACAUAGUGUUUAUGGAAUUACAAGUGCAGUUAUAAGUUUCGGAAGUAAGUACUGUGUUUCGCGACAUUAUGUCCAGGGCAAAAGAUGUGAGGAUUUUUCGGCCU